AUGAUCGCUCCAGUAUGCAGAUCAUAGCGAGGAAAAAGCCAAUUUUUAUCCAUUACAUAAGUGAUUGGAACAACUCGAAAUCGAUUCACAUCCGGACCGUCAACUUUUCUCUGAGGCCCAGCCUAGCACCCAUACAUUGCUACGCGAAAGGUUUCAAUGCUACAUGCGCCUGCUCUGUCCGGUUGGACCUCGGACGGAAUCUUCUGAAGUGGCAAAAUCUCCGCGCCUGGAUGGUCUCACAAUAGUCGUGAUCAAGGUAAAAGUCGCUGCUAUAACUAUUUAAGGAUGGCGUAAUGCCAUUGUAGGCGACAGAAAUGGCUUUCCUUCCCCUCCGAGCCUUGACAUUCUUCUCUCUUCUUGUUCUUUUUGCUACCAGCCUGGUGAAUGCGACACCCGCUGUGAAGCGGGAUAGCCGUACAUCUGCGCUCAGCGGAGCUGUCGUUGUGAGAGGCAGUGGAACAAAGUCCGGAGAAUACAGCACGGUGCAAGCAGCUGUCAACUCGCUCCCUAACGAUGGGACUGCUAAAGUUAUCUUCAUUUAUGCGGGUACUUACUCUGAACAAGUAUACAUCGAUCGGAAAGGCAAGACGACAAUCAUGGGCCAGACUUCCGAUACCAGCAGUUACACCGGCAACACUGUUACGAUCACUCAUUCGAGCUCUCUUGGCACUGCAGGCACCGAUGAUUUGACCGGGACCCUACGCGUACACAAAGACGACUUUGCACUAUACAACGUCAAUGUGAAAAACACGUUUGGUCAAGCCAGUAGCAACGGCCAGGCGUUGGCCUUGAGUGCAUAUGGAUCGAAUCAAGGCUACUAUGGUGUGGGCUUCUAUAGCUAUCAAGACACAGUGCUAGCUGAAACGGGUAACCAAUUCUAUGGCUCGUGUUACAUCGAGGGAGCUGUCGACUAUAUUUUCGGUCAAUACGCACGAGCGUACUUCCACAAGAACAUGAUUGCUUCCGUAGGCGCCGGAGCAAUUACCGCCAGCGGACGCACAUCGUCGUCUGGAGCAAGUUUGUUUGUCAUCAACAAAGCAACCAUCACCACUAGCAGCUCGGCGAAGACGUCCCUCCAAGGGAAGGUGUACCUUGGGCGUCCAUGGGGAAACUAUGCUCGGGUCGCUUACACAUCCUGUUCGCUCGGGAAUCUGAUCAACAGAGCUGGUUGGGAACAGUGGUCCAGCAGUUCACCCAAUACCGAUCAUGUUACCUUUGCUGAAUACGAAAGCAUUGGGGCUGGCGCCUCCGGUACUCGCGCAUCAUUUUCUACGAAACUAUCUUCGACCAGUGGCUACACUAUAUCAGAUGUUUUGGGCAGUAACUAUGCCGACUGGGUGGAUAGUAACUACCUGUAGCUUCUGGAAUAAUAUUAGUACGAUGUAUGGUAUGCAUGUCGUGUCAUCUAUUCGUGAGAGUCGAU